UGCGGGCAGGAAGGUUAUCCGGGUUACUGGGCGGUGCUCCGGUGACUGGGUCACCCCUGGCAUAGGCUGGAGAAGGUGCAUUGUGUCGGUGAUGACGUCCCGGGGCUCUCCGAGCCGCUUUCUGCAGAGUGUGCUGCAGAAUGGGGUGGGGAGGUACGUGUGCCAGCUGAAGAGGCUCAGCCUGAUCUUCAGCAAGGAUGCCCAGCCCUCCCGGGGAGCAAGAGAAUUUAUUGAAGAGAAAGUAGUAGACUUUGCCAAGCAGAAUCCUAGCAUUGUUGUGUAUGUCAGCCCCAAGCAAUGCAGAGUGGCCAAGGUGGUGGGGGAAUAUUUGAACGGUACAAUUAGAGAAGAAGACAUCAACAGCAAAACUGCAGUGCAAAUAGCUGAGCUGGUGCAGAAAAUGGCCAACCAGUCUGGGCUGGAUAUCAUCCGCAUACGCAAACCUUACCACACAGACAACCCCAGCAUCCAGGGACAGUGGCACCCCUUUACCAACAAGCCGUCCUCCAUUAAUGUCCGGUCAUUUGACACUUUCAGCCAACAGAAGGACUCCUCACAGUGAAAACCUGAUUUGUAGAACAUAAUCCUUCUAGUUCACUGCGCAAUUAGCAUUAUUGGAUAGUCGCUGAUUCAGUGCUGGGAAGACCCGACCAGCAGGGGUGACGCAUUUCACUUCAGAAGAUCAGACCAGCAGAGGCGACGCAUUGCACUUCAAAUUUUCAAUACUUUACAAUGCACAUAGUUUGGAUUGUGAAUUCAAAGAUAAGGAUUCAUUUACUUAAGUCAGAAUAUACCCCAUGGACAGUAUUGUGCUGUGGGCAUCAGAAUAAUAAAGAUGUUUGAUAAACA